CUGACUUGACACACAACACACGCUGCCGACACGGGGAGUGUUAAUGCGACAGUUUGUGUAAAACACAUCCGAUAAACUUGAAUAUUAGAGGUUCGCUUGUCUUUUUUAACAUGGUUGGAAAGAUUAAACAUGUUCGCCAGAAGCUUCACCAGGAGGCAGUGAAGCUUGACAGGCCGACUGGCCUCACUCAGCCCCCCGGCUCUGGGUCCGGGUCCGGGUCGUCUCACAGUUUAGAGGAGCCUCCACACAAAAUAACUCCACCACCUCUGGACCAUAAGAGUGACGCUCCAAAACCUGCUACACAGGCCGAGACACUCAGCUCCUUCCCCACUGGGAUCUUUGCAGGAACUAAAAUCUCUCCAGAGGCCCUUGUGCAAACCCUGAAGUUUGAGAAACCUCCAGAAGUACCCAUACCUGCCAAGAAAGGCCCAGAUGAGAAGAAAGUCAAGUCAAAGAAAGAGAAGAUGAAGGAGAGAAGGGAGAGAUGGCUCAACAAGAUCAGCUCCAUCAAGCAGGCGAAGGAGCGGCAGGCGGCGGAGGCCCGGAGGCAGGCCACGCCUGUGGUGGGAGACAUGAAGCCGCUGGCCGACGCCCUGCCCGAGCUCUCCGAGCUCAUCACCCCCGCUGCCACGGCUCCCGCUGCUCGUCGCAAGAGCAGGAAAAACAAAGUGCCAGUGAAAAGGCCGGAGCCCACUGAUUUCAGUCAGAUGAAACAGUCACAGAAACGUAAACUCCUGGAAACAGAGACCAGUCGGUUCAGCGAUGCAGUGAAGACGCUCAGCGCCAAAAUGAAUCCUCUGGCUGAUAUCGGAGAGCAGCUGAGGAAGAGAAUGAAGCAGGAGGAAGAGCAAGGUCCGAGCUAACAACAGCAGCAGCAGCAACAGCAGCUCAACUGAGGCGCUUCCACGGACUUAAACAAGCCCUGAAUCCCAGUCUGCACCUGUCGUCAGGGAAACCCAAGCCUUGUUUAAGAGGAGGAGGAACCUGAUAUGUGGUACCCUGUCACACCUCUGCUGUCGACCGGUCCCAGAAAAAAAGACUGAGUAUGUAGUAUUUGUAAAUCAUGACAAUAACAGAUAUCCUUUCUGUUUUAUUAUUCACGUCCUUGGCAGUAUUAAAUCCAUCAAAACUCAAA